AAAUGGACGUAGUUAAAAUUAUCGACUUAGUUCAAGACUACAAGUGUCUGUGGGACCAGAGGGAUGCGAGAUACCACGCGCGAGACCACCAGAGGAACGCUUGGCGAGAAAUAUCGGAAGAAAUGAAAAUACCUGUCGACGAGCUGAAGAAAAGGUGGAAGGUAUUACGGGACACGUUUGCCAAAGAACUCAAAAAACUUCAACAAUCGGGCCAAGCUUUGGACACGGAACUUCACUCAAAAUGGCCGCAUUUCAAACGUCUGCUUUUCCUCCAAGGAACCAUAAGAUCCUACAAAGAUAACACAGCAGAUUCAUGUGAGGUUUCUGUAGAAAAUAACUUAGAUGAAGAAGCAAGCAAUAACACAGACCCACUGUCCCCACAUAGCGAAAAUAAAAAAUGCACAGUAAAACGGAGAAGAGAUUCAACGGAAGAAAGAAAGUUUGAUGAAAGCUUUUCUCCAAAUGAUCAUGAUGCUCAGUUUUUAAUGAGUCUUUGGCCAUUUUUAAAAGAUGUGCCUAAAAAUCGCAAGUUGAUGGUGCGGAAUAAAUUACAGCAGGUUCUUAUAGAUGAACAAAAUGAUGUUGCACCGGCCGUUAAGGUGGAAUAUUCUAGCGAUUAA